AUGCAAAAACGUGAAACCCUCACUUCCUUACCUCCAGAGCUUUUCUUCUCCAUCCUAUCCUACCUCGAUAAUUGGCAGGAAAAGAUACAAUUCUGCACCCAAUUUACUCGUGCCAAGGAGAGAAAUUGGAGAGAAACAUUGAGGGGAAUGAUUUAUGAGAAGAAAACUCAUGAAUUGGAUUUUAUUGUUAAUGUUUUGCCUCAAAAAUUGUUUGUACAGAGGAGUCGUUGGAAUGUCAAAAAAGAACAACCAAUGCCUUACUUUGCAAAAUUGGUGGACUUGUUGAAAUUUGUCAAGAGUAAAAGAAGACAUGACAUUAUGUUCACAAAAAAGUAUGGUAAUAGGAAAUAUAGCUUAUUGGGAUCUGUUUUGAUUUCUUUCAAAAAAUACACCAAAAAGGAUAACGUUGAGGAGGUCAAUGAAAUUCUCCUUCCUUUUAUUAAUUACUAUUUAGAGGAGGGAUUUGAAUAUUAUGGAAAUUAUUCAUUCAUAACAAACGAGUCUAAUUUUGUAGCCCUACUAACUAUGGUUGAGUUAGGUUGUUUGGAUACUGUUACUGAUAUUCUUACCAACAAGAUUGGUGAAUUCAAAUUUAAUGAUAGAAAUGCUCAAUCAUUACUUGUCAGAUUUAUGAAAUCCCUAGUUCCUCUCGAGGUUUUGAAGAAAUGCCUUAUUGAAACAAGAAUAAUAACAGCCUCAUUGUUGGUUUCACCUAAAGAACUCUAUCGAAACAGAUACAUUUCUCAUUGCAUAGUUUUUAUUAAUGCAAAGAUGGAUUACACAAACUGGGAAUAUUUCAAAAAUCUCAUUGAUCUCAUUUCAGAUCUAAUUCUAGAGGCAUGCACUAAGGAAGAGUUGGAAAAUAAUAAUCAUAGAACUAACAUGUUACAAUUAUUUGGAAAGAAAACGAAAACAGCAGAUUCUAGUUUCGAGUAUUCUUCAAUUGAUUUUCUUGCUGAAACAAUAACAAAAUCGGAAAAACCAACUUCAAAUAAGAUGAAGUUUUUAUAUCAUGUGGAGAAUAGAGUUCGAGUUUCCAUUGUACCUCGUUAUAAGAAUUUAGCUGAAUAUUAUGCAAAGAGAUGGAUCUAA